AUGUCUUUGGCUAAGGGGAUCAAGGGGAUGUUCUCAAAGAAAUCCAAAUCGUGGAAAGAUCAUCAAGCUUCGAGGGUACCUUCCGCUUCACGCUUGCCGUCUCCUGCAGUCGACACCAGGGGAGAUGCCAAGGGAGGCAUCGGGGGCGGCACAGGUGCCGGAUCCGUCCGGAAAGGUGUUCUGAGCGUGCUUCGUGUCGUGCAUGCGAGCCUAGAUGGUGUCCCUGUUCCUGGCCUCAAAAGUGUGAUUGGUGGUUUGCUUGAAGUUGUUAGCCAAUUAGAGAGAGUCGGAGCAAAUGCCAAGGCGAUUCAUCAGCUCCAGAACAGCAUCGAAUUCUUUGUUCACUCAAUAUCGGAGCCUCUCAAACAAUAUGGUGCCAAAAAUCCUGUUCCUCACGGGAUUUCUAGAGCCAUCAAGGCUGUAUCAACAUAUGUUUAUGCCUCCGGCUGCUUCUCAGGGUCAGGACAAUCUGACCAUUUCAGUGAAAUCGCUGCGACCACCACACCAUCGCAAUCAUAUCUAGACAAAAACCCUGCCUGCCUCUGGGCAAAUUGCGACAAAAUCGAAGGGGAUGUUUGCCUGGCUGGAGAGAGGAUACGUGAUGCCUUGAUGGCCUUUCAAGCUUCGCAAGCGAUUCAAGUCCAUAUAGGAAUGAUAAGUGUCAGAGACCAGGUUCGAGACAAAGGAAAGUCUCCGUGGCGGAGGGCUUCGGCCUCAGCGACUUAUGCCAAGAGCGCUGUGCCUAGUGACACGUCCGUGCCCUAA